AUGAGUAAAACCUUCAGUCCUCUCGUCAAACCCACAGUCUGCUUCAGGAAUGACGUGAGUUCAUGCUCACGUUAUUUGACUGUUUUUUCAGGAGCUGAUAAGAACGUGGAGAACGACGAGCCGCUCUUCAACGACUCAUCAGAGGAAGACGAGGUCAAUGAUGCCGCCGUCCCCAUCUCACAGCCAAUCAGCUCCCGCAAGCGAGCGGCAGGACACACCCCCCUGGACCUCGCAAAGUGCCAAAAGGUGAGGAACCUUUUAAACUGCAGGCAGAGUUGUCAUAGCAACAAGAGGAUCAAAGCGAGCAGCACUGAAGAGCGUGAGGCGGGGGACGUCCUGGACGAGGACACGCUGUCGCGGCUGGUGGACGUGCUGAGCGUCAGCGACGUCCCCUGGAGGAAACUGGCGGAGAAGCUCGGGAUGAUGACGCUGACUCAUCUUUACCAGGACAGCGAAACGCCGUGUCAUCAUCUGCUGCAGCACUAUAAGCUAGGGGGCGGUCCGGUCAACAGUCUGGUUGACGCUCUUCAGUCGCUCGGUUUGUCGGACGGCGUUCAGCUGCUGAGACGUUCGGAGACAAGAGAAGACAAACACAGUACAGACGCGACAGUCGACAGUGGCUUCGGCAGUCAGCCCAUGGAGGAGGAGGAGGAGCCACAAGUGGCCAAUCAGUGAUGAGCGAGAGCUUCGUCAGGUCUGUUUUUAACGACCUCAUUCACAGACUGAUGUCAUCGAUGAGUUCAUUGAUGAGUUUUGAAGAAAGUUUAUCAUCAAAUUUCAAACAAAUCAUUUCAUCGUGACGACAAAUCCCAGACAAAAGUUCAUUUGUAAAUUUUUGUUUUCUGUUUUUUUUUCCACUAAUAUUUUCAUAGUUUUAAUGUUUUGU